CAUGAUGGGGAAGACACCGCGAGAGCAGGAAAACACGAAUUAAACGUUUCAAGAAGUAUCAAAAACAACUUUUAAAGUUACUCGAGUGAAGGUUCAAGCUCACGUCGGCAUGUGUUAGCAUCUUACAGAGAAACUUUUGGCACUCCGUCUUUCUCACCGCGAUAGGAAUUGCACCCGGUUUCCGAGGAUGUCAGCCCCGAGCAACUCGCUCCAGCAGCCGAGGGUGAGACGCAGCAACGCGGGCUCCCCGGGCUCGUUCAGCGGCGGCGGCGGCGGAGGAGGCGGCGGCGGCGGCGGCAACAGCUGCCGUUUGCACCCCAUCCGUGCCACCGUGCCCUACCAGCUCCUGCGCGGGGGUCCCGGCAGCCCGACGCGGGCGCAGACCCUCCACGGUGGAGCCGCGAACAGCCGAGGCUCGAGCCCCCCGUCCAGCCCGUCAGGAAGUGCGAAGCAUGGACUUUCCCCCGAAAACAAGGACUCGUCCUGUCCCCCGGACUCUCCGGUCCCCAGAGCAGAAAGGUCCAAGCUACAGGUUCGGAGCUCCAGUGCCAUCCGGCGGACAUCUUCCCUGGACGCCAUCACAGGACCGUACCUCACUGGCCAGUGGCCCCGGGACUCCCAUGGCCCCUACCCUUCCUGCAUGAAAGACAAAGCCACUCAGACUCCGGGUCUCUGGAUCGACGAGGGGGCGGAGCAGGGAAGUCCUCACCAGCGGUCGGCCUCCUGGGGCAGCGCGGACCACCUCAAAGAGCAGAUUGCUAAACUUCGACUGCAGCUGCAGCGCAGCAAGCAGGUCAGCCGGCAGAACAAAGACCGGGAGCAGAGCUCCCUGCAGCUGCAGGCGCAGCACGGCCCCGCCGCCUGCCCACCGCAGUACAAGGGAAUGUCAUCAUCGGCCCUGUCAACAAUCCCCGUGCCAAAAUCCCUCAUCUGCCGAGUGCCGAGCAGCGUGGAGGGCAUCAGCCACGAGCUGGAGAACGUGUUUAUCAGAGAGAACUGGGAGCAGGGGAUAAAGGCCAUGGACGUGGUGGACGGCCGCCGCGCCCCCUUCCCGCCGCACCACUACGGCAGCGGGGACACGCGCGACACGGACACGCAGGCGCCCUCGAGCGGCGACUCCAGCCCGUCGCCACGCCCCUGCAGCUCUGACCCCGCCCACUCUGGUGAUGGGAGCCCAUGCUCUGCAGAGGAGAUCGACAAAGACGGUUUGUGCAGCUCUCCUCUUCCCAAGUUUGCCACAUCGCCCAAACCCAACAACAGCUACAUGUUCAAACGGGAGCCUCCAGAGGGCUGCGAGCGGGUCAAAGUGUUCGAGGAGCUGGUGUCCGGCCGAUCAAAAGGCUUCCCUCUCUUCUCGUGCCCCGACAAGAACAAGGUGAACUUCAUCCCCAGAGGCUCCGCCUUCUGCCCCGUCAAACUCCUCUGCUCCACCCUGUUCUCCCCCAUCUCUCCCGCCACCACGCCGCCGCCGCCGCCCGCCAUCUCUCCGGCCUCCGGCGCCGCCGACGAAGACGACGACGCCGACGCGGGGAAAGACGGCGGCUCGCCACGAGUCCUCCUCCUCACCAGCUAGUCCUCAGGUAUUCGCAAACCAAAAACCACCGACGGCCCCGAAGUCGCGGCGGUACGGCUUCAGGACGACGACGACGACAACAAAAACAACAACAACAAAAAAGGUCCUUGCACUCCGUUAAAUGUUAACGUCAGCCAGCAGGUGGAGCCCCGGGUCCAGAGAGGACAAACGUACGCUAACGGUACCGGCUGCUGCACACCCGCCUCCUGCCACCCAUCGCUAGGCUUCUCCUCUGUACCGCGAGAAACACCCAUAGCGCAAAGAAAAAGAAAAAGGACUGCUUAAAUAAUCUUAUGUGACACCGGCAGUUUUAUCACGAUGAAAUGAAAGAAAAGUCUUUCACCAGAGAAACAUCGACCGCUCGUGUUAUCUAACCGGCUUAUUCAGCGCGCUAACAUCUGAAAUACAUAUACAUACGCUUUUUAUUGACAGGAUCGGGGAAAUGCCCCGUUUCAUGUGUUUAGCAUAGCAGGACGUCAUAGUCAGAAUACGUUGCCCCAUUUUAAGAGUUUAUUUCAAAGUGCUCGUAGCUCUAUGUCUCGGUGAACACCCGCAGUGGCUCGAGUGCUUCAGAUCUGCUUUUUCUAGUCUGAUCACUAUUAAAAAGCAAAAAAAUGCCAGCUGUUUUUAAGUCACCAAAAAAACAACAACCCCCCUCUCUCUCUCCCACAAUGCCUUGCUGCGAUGCCCCACACUACAGAGAACCAUAACUCAGGUCAUGUGGAGUGUACUUGCCUCGGACGACGUUGCCUUCUCCGGAAACACUUUCCACGUCCACUGAAGAAAUGACACGUAUUUGUAUUUCCCCCUCGGAGCGGGGGAGGUGACCGACUCCACCGAUUGGCCGUUGCGCCUCGUGACCCUUUUUUUUCUUCUUUUUCUCGCGUAGACCUGUUCAGGUCGGAGUUUCAGGCGCUACGACACAUUCCAGAGGCCGACCGCGGCCUACCAAACCGAGACGGAGACGACGUCGUCGGUUUUGAAUGAGUACCAAAUCAAAUUGCAAAAACAAUGCCCGGCCCAUCGCGUAUUUCGGACUCAGGGGGAGGCGCCAUGUUAUUGAGGAGCAGGAUGUUUAUCUGCCUUUUUUGUUUUGGUUUAUCAACAGUUGAGCGCCGUGUGUUUCAGACACGGGCGAUAAUCAUUCAACCAAACCGAAGCACUUACUUGGAAGUGAGAUGAUAAUCACGAUUUCUUAUUUUUAGACCAAUUUCUAAGUUAAAACAAUCAGAAAGGCAUCAUUGAUUUAUUUUUUCUGGAGUAAAGCUACACUAACUUUUUUUUUUUGUGCUCAAUAUUCAUAUGCAACCAGACGUACCGCGCGGAUAUUAUUCACAUGUACUCAGAUUAAACUACUACACGGCUUCAUUCCAAAGCUUUUGGUGUCUCGAGCCGCGGCCGGUAAGAAGAACCACAUGCAACACAUUCCACACGAUGAGGAACUCUCCUCCGCUCGCGGCUCUUUGAGGAGCUUCAGUCGCACCGAUUCUGGUUUUUAUUCACGAGCUCGUCGAGGAGCCGUCGCCACGUCCGGCAGCGACGAUUCACUUCUGUGUAUUCCGCAUUUUUAUGUAGAUCUUUGUGUGUUUCUUUUUCUUUUUCAAUAAAGAAAACAACAACAACAA